CUCUCUCUCGGGCGUUGUCACUUCGGAAGAAAAGCGCUCUGCAAUGGAAGUAGCCACCGCAUCUUCGAGCUUCGCGCUCCACCGGCGAAUGGUAGCGCCGACGGCUUCCUCCACUUCGUUAAGAACCUGUAAGGCCUCGAUUUCUCCCGCCAGAGUUUCUCUCUCCACCGGCUUCGUCCCCUCCUCCUCCGCCGCUGCUGGCGGCAGCGUCUCCGGCGAGUUCUCCGGCGUCAAAAUCCGGCCCAAGUCCCUCUCUCCGGCUUCCGUUUCCAGGUCCAAAGGAAAACGGGGCAUCGUCACCAUGGUUAUUCCUUUCUCCAGGGGAAGUGCGUGGGAGCAACCUCCUCCAGACUUGGCAUCUUACCUGUACAAGAACCGGAUAGUUUAUUUGGGCAUGUCUCUUGUUCCCUCUGUGACAGAGUUGAUACUUGCAGAAUUUCUUUAUCUUCAAUAUGAAGAUGCCGAAAAGCCUAUCUACCUGUACAUAAACUCCACUGGCACGACAAAGGGUGGUGAGAAGCUGGGUUAUGAGACCGAGGCUUUUGCUAUUUAUGAUGUCAUGAGGUAUGUCAAGCCACCGAUUUUUACUCUGUGUGUUGGUAAUGCAUGGGGAGAAGCUGCCUUACUUUUAGCAGCUGGUGCACAGGGGAACCGUUCUGCUUUGCCAUCUUCGACAAUCAUGAUGAAGCAGCCAAUUGCAAGAUUUCAAGGUCAGGCAACAGAUAUCGAUCUUGCCAGGAAAGAAGUGAAGAAUGUCAAGGCAGAGUUGGUUAAACUCUAUGCGAAGCAUAUCGGGAAAACACCAGAGCAAAUCGAAGCUGACAUCCGACGACCUAAAUAUUUUAGUCCUAGUGAAGCGGUUGAGUAUGGUAUCAUAGAUAAGGUGCUAUACAAUGAGAGGAGCAGUGAAGAUCAUGGAGUUGUAUCUGACCUGAAAAAAGCACAGCUUAUAUGAUAAUGAUGCUGGAGAAUGAAAUUGCUAUUUAUACAACGGAUUCAGCAGGGUGCACAACUAAUUCGCUGUUAGAGAGUAUGCUUGUUAUAAUAAGAAUGGAAAGAAAAUGUGCAAUACAAAAUUAAGACAGCAGCUGGCGAGAAUUGGGAGUGAACAAAGCUUCAACUUUGGGAUCAUAUGCUUCUAUUGAACAUUUUCAAGUAUUCUUUUUCUGUUAUCCAAAUUUUGUUAAUGGGUUGUUCCUCUUAGUUCAGUGUCAAGGAGGUUCUAGCAAGGGAGAAGGAUAUGCUAAUCUUUUCAUGGACAACCACCUUAGUGUUGCCCCAUUUUCACUCUUUUGUUUUUGCAAAACUCUAGCUACUUGACAUCUGGAAAGAGUGGUGGCACAACCUCUUGGUCCGACA